UUCACUAGUUGCCGAGAUCCCGUUAGGUGGCGUGUAGUACGACGUCUUAGCUAAAACAGAAACAAUUACUAAAAACGAAAAUCCACCGGAAGCUACUGCAAAAAAAAAAAACAGUUGUAGUGCAGGAGUAGGGGUUAGCUCUUAUUUAUUUUAAUCUCGACCUCAAAGCAAAUUUCCGCUAUAGAUGGAGUAAAAAUACUGGGCUGUAGCAGAGCUAACUAACGCAUCUCCUAAAGGGCUCACUGACACCUUCGGAUAGCCCGAGCAUAAGUGCCAUGUCUCCUUCACGGUGUGCCGUUUUCAGAUGUUCAAGUGUUUGCUUAACAUUUGACAAGAAAAGAAAGCUCUACGCAGGCAGGACUCGUACUUUCGAACUGAGAAGAAGCCGAGGCGACAACUGAACUGCGUCACCACGCGAUACCAAACGGACUUCGGCUGCUCGCGACUAGAUCAGACAAAGGCGCAUCUUAAAAUAGCCGACGUAGGUUCUGGUAAGCAAGUACCUGCGGGGCACAGGAUGAAGAAAAGGUACCUGAUCAUCACCACCUUAGGCGUCUUCACUUUCCUCUCCAUAAUUCUGGUCAAUUUAAACGAUUCUCUCAAGACACUAUACUAUUCUGUCCUCGAAGCAGGCAAAGAAACAAAGGGCACAGAGCAUCAGACCACACGGGCCCCUACUCUAGAUAUAACCUCGGCAAAAACUACAGAGAUAUGUGGAGCUCCAGAGAACAAAAAACCCUUAAUUAAUGUCCGAGGCACAAAAACCUACGUGGUGUCUCCCUAUUUUGAGCACCGCUAUGGAGACAGGGGGCGCAUACAUAUUGUCUCUAUAGUGCUGCGAUCGGAGGACGCUGAUCACCACUGCCUCUUCUGCUGCGAGGGGCAGAGGCGCUCCACCAGCACUGCGGACUGCCACAUCCACACGGACCACUUCGGGUUCGUCUACGGUACGGCGGACCUCCUCUGCUCGGUCCCGGAGGACUGCCGUGCUCCCACCCACCUGGCCGUGUACGCCGGCCCCGCGGGGGAGGGGGUCUCGCCCUUCAUGCCGAUAGGGAACCCCGAGCCCAGGAGUGCGGACUUCCCCCUGGAGUUCACAGUCUGCAUCUCGGCCAUGUUCCAGGACUUCAACAACGUGCUGCAGGCUGUGCAGGCCCUGGAGAUGUACAGGCUGCUGGGAGUCAAUAAAGUGGCCAUCUACAAAACCAGCUGCGGCCCCGAGAUGGAGAGGGUACUGCAGUACUACACCAGCAGGGACUUCGUAGAUAUUAUUCCCUGGCCGAUCACCUCAUACAUUAACGUGUCCAACGGCUGGAACUCACGCGAGUACCCAGGCGACCUGCACUAUUACGGGCAAAUCGCAGCGCUGAACGACUGCGUCUACCGCUUCAUGUACAAAACGAAAUACAUAGCUCUGCACGACCUGGAUGAAAUCAUCCUGCCCUUGCACCUGGAGAACUGGAGAGAGCUGAUGGACCAGCUGGAACUCCAGCAUGGCAGGGACGCCAGCUUCGAGUUUGAGAACCACGUUUUCCCUUCUGUUUACAAGGAGAAAAGCGGCAAGUUCAAACUCGGGGAAUGGGCUGGUGUUCCUGGGGUGAACAUGCUGGAGCACGUUUUCCGGGAACCCAAUAUACCAACGGAGUUCAACGCUUUUAAAGUUAUCGUGAACCCCAGGAUGGUGUAUGAAGCCACGGUUCACGGAUUUCUAAAUUUAGGGUCCCAUAGUGUAAGGGUGCCGCAUGAAAUUGCCCGCAUGUACCACAUCAGAAGACCGGUGAGGCAUGACAUUAAGAGAACGGACUUAAUUCGAGACGACCGCCUGUGGCAUUACUCUUCCAAGCUGGUGACCGCUGUUAACGAGGUACUGAAGGAAGCUGACCUGCUGAAUUUGAAGAAUUCUUCUUCAAAACACUUCAGAUGACCUUUUGAAUGGAAAUAUAUCAGUCACAGCUAUUUUUAUGUUAUGUUUUUUAAUGGACCAAUUAGUUAAUACGAUUUCCACAUCCGGAUAAGCUGCUGGCUGGUCACAUUCCACUGGUUGAGAGUCUGUCCAGUGCAGGGGUCCUCAUCUCCGGGUCCAGUUCUUCAGCGCCACAAGCCAGCGGGUGUUCCAAGGCUAUGUAUAUCAGAUGGAGCAGGUUAAAAACAGGCAUCACAAAAAAUACAACCCCUUUAGAUGAGUGUAAAGUAACUGUCCAGGACAGGCACAGCCUUAAGAGGUAGCUUUAAGUCAUCGGUGGUCACAGAGCUGAAAAUAGGGCCGAUGCUGACUGUUUAAGUUAGAUGUUGAUUCUAUGGAGUAACAGAGCAAAAUCUCUGCCUGCUGUAGUGCAAUUAAAGGCUGGGUAGAUGGUCAGCUACACUUGCCAAAGUGCCACCUUCAACAGGGACUUUAAAUAUUUCACUUCUUUGAUCGCUGGUGCAUUGCAUUUGCCUUUCUGCUGAGCCCAAAGCUCAACUGUCCGUGUCCAGACUUGACUUUGCAAUGUUUAAAGGGCUGACAGUGCACUGUUCCUGCGGAUAAGAGAGCUAAAAAGGGGAAGAUCAUGUGAGAGCUUUAUUUCUUAAGCGUGUGGUAAAAGGCUACAGACUGCUCUAGGGACUGGGCUUUUGAGGAGCACACAGUCAUAAAUGCUGAGCCCUCAGUUACUAAGUCACACUGCAGUAGGAGAGGAGACACCUGUAAAUAAUUUUUGGAAUAUUACCAAAACACAGCUUGUUCAGCCCAGAGAAAACCGAAGACUUGUAUGUAUUCAUUAUUCCGGAUGAAAGGUAAUAAAUAGUGAGCAAGUCUUUAUUCAGACGUCAGAGGUUACCCAGCUUUUGUUCAGUACUAGUGUAUUUUAGGAAAUAUACAACAACACAUAUGCAAAAUCCGUGCCUUACAGGUGUAUCCUAUUAUAGAACAUUCCUGGUGAUCAGUUUGCACACCAAUCAAAGCUCAGUGAAUGGCAGAUGAAAUGCAUCACUCUUGCACAGUUUUUAGAAAGCAAUCUUUGCAGGAGUUUGAUGUCUGCUGUGCAUCCUGUUGUGCAAAGUGAGCCAUUUUGCAGUGCAAGUGAAUCCGAGAGAUGUGUAGAAAGAUUUGGGGUCUUACAAAUGCUUUUGGCUUCUGCAAUACAGUGUAUUAAAGCUACACAUCUGACAAAACAAAAAAAUAACAGUACUGUGAGCCAGUGUUGCUGUGAGCAGGUGAAACUGUUACAUUACAUUUUAAUCCUUUUUGUUUACUGAACGGAUUCUACAAAGGGAUUCAAUAGAGGUAAUAAUUAAAGGGCAAAGCUUUAUAAAUCUAUUACUUUAAAUAUAUGUUGUAUGUACACACAGUGUCCUGAGAGGCAUUAAAAAACAUCAAAUGC